CGCGGCAGCCGUCGUCGUUCAACGUUGCUUAAAACGACCGUCGAGCACACGUCACGGUGCUCGAGUUAUCAACAACAGGUGGCUCACAAAAUCCCCAGCACGACCGUAGUGUUCCCGCAGUAAUCGGCCGACGCUCGUGUCUUCCGUCGAUCAUCGUAGUACGAAAGAACGGAAACGAAAGUCGAAAACAAAAACAAAAAAAAUAACGAUAACAGAAAACACGAACAACAACGACGAAAAAAAAGUAAAAAAAAAAAACUAGCACGAAUUCGAACGGCGGUCGUCGGAGGAAACCGAGAAAACAAAAAGAGGAUUUUUGCCUUGUGAGCGCAGCUCCGCCAGCACGAGCGCAACGACCGAAACUCCGGGCUGCUUGUCGAAGUGCAGCAAGUGCCUGGACGACAUGAGGCUGAUGCAGAGACUGGCGGUUAGCGGAUUGUUGUCCGUCAUACUGAUCGUCCUUCUGACGGGAACGUUCGUGACCCGUCGGAGCCUGGCGAACAUGGUCGAUCGCGGCGUGGCGCCGGAAGAGCGGAACGAGCAGCCGCUGAACCCGGCCUGGGUGCUGCACAACACGGUCCCCGGCCCCGGCCCGGACGAGCUCAAAAACGAAGACAAGGAUCGACGCGUGGACGCCGCCGCAAAUAGACAGUCAGAACCGUCCGCGGUUGGCCCCCCGCCGAUCCCCGUGCCCGCCCCGUAUGCCAUUAAACUGCCUAAUCCACCCCUGGACGAUGUGACUAAUCAGCGCCGCGAGAAGAUCAAAGAGAUGAUGAAGCACGGCUGGGACAACUACGUGAGGUACGCCUGGGGAAAGAACGAGCUGAAACCGAUCUCGAAGAAAGGUCACAGCGCGAGCAUAUUCGGCGCGGCGAACAUGGGCGCGACGAUCGUCGACGGUUUGGACACGUUGUACAUCAUGGGACUCCAUGACGAAUUCAAACAGGGACGGGAUUGGAUCGCCGAGAACCUGGACUUCGAUAUCACCUACCUGGCGAUCUCGGACACGAAAAACGUGGACAAUCUUCUCGUUAGUGUACUAAUGCUCGUGACGCAUCUGAUCUUUAUAUUCUUGAAUAACCACAGCGGACAACAAUUGACGACCAGCAGCGUCGAUCUGUUUCACGAAAUAUACAGUUCGUUGUGGUACUGUACGUCGACGAAGUCGCAGAAAUUGGUGCUGUUCAUACUGAUGAAAAGCACGCUCGAAAUGCAAUUCAGCCUCGCCGGUCUGUUCGUUCCAAAUUACCAAGGCUUUACGGCGAUGAUGAGCGCAUCAUUUUCGUACUUCACCGUUCUCUUGUCGAUGUAAUGAUAAAAUCACGACCGAUACAAAAAUAAAAUGGUGAAAUGAAACGUAGAACGUGGCCUAGUAAUUGUGGCAAGUAAAGGCAUUAAGUAUCACACGAAACUCCGAAACGGUAUUUCCGGCGAUGUUUUUUUAAUUGUAGUAACUCUAGUCAUGCAUACGUUAUAAAUAAAUAUUUAUUUAUAGUUCAGUAGAAA